AUGAAGCCAUCGUUCAAAGAUACGCCAUAUAAGAAAUUCUCAAACAUACAUAUGGAAAACAUUAAUUCUAGAUUUACGUCUGCCAAUUCAGUUGAUCAUCCUUUAUCUAGACUGAGUGGUAACUCAGGCUUCUCUGGUCACUCACAAUCUGAAUCUAUUAAUCGAAUUCAUUCGGGGUCCCCUGUUAACUUGAACUAUCAUUCCGUUGACCACUCACAUUCUGAUACUUCAGGUCAUUCAUAUAGCUCUUCUGCUCACUCAGAAUCAGGAUCCUCCGCUCACUCAUACUCUGGUUCUUCUGCACACUCAGGAGCCUUUCCUUACUCACAGUCAGGGUCCUCCGCUCACUCUCACUCUGGAUCCUCUGCUCACUCAUACUCCGAUGACUCCGCUCAAUCACACUCAGGAUCAUCUCACUCACACUCAGGCUCUUCUGCUCACUCACACUCAGGCUCCUCUGCUCACUUACCCUUAGACUACUCCGACUACUCAAAUUCAGGAUCCCCUAGCCAAUUAAAUGAACUCUCCUCCGCUCUUUCAUAUUCUGACACUUCAGGUCAUUCACAAAUCUCCUCCGGUCACUCACACUCAGGCUCCUCUGCUCACUCACCCUCAGACUACUCCGACCACUCAAAUUCAGGAUCCCCUAGCCAAUUAAAUGAACACUCCUCCGCUCUUUCAAAUUCUGACACUUCAGGUCAUUCACAAAGCUACUCCGCUCACUCACACUCAGGCUCCUCUGCUCACUCACCCUCAGACUACUCCGACCACUCAAAUUCAGGAUCCCCUAGCCAAUUAAAUGAACACUCCUCCGCUCUUUCAAAUUCUGACACUUCAGAUCAUUCACAAAGCUACUCCACUCACUUACAAUCAGGCUCCUCUGCUCACUCACACUCAGGUUCUUCUGCCCACUCAUACUCAGGCUCCUCUGCUCACUCACAGUCAGGGUCCUCUGCUCACUCACAUUCAGGCUCCUCUGCUUACUCACACUCAGGAUCCUCUGCUCACUCACACUCAGGUUCUUCUGCUCACUCACCCUCAGAUUAUUCCGACCACUCAAAUUCAGGAUCCUCUAGAAAUUUGAAUGCAUUCUACACCGAUUUCUCAUAUACUGACACUUCAGGUCAUUCACAUAGCUCCUCUGCUCUUUCACACUCAGGUUCGUCUGCUCACUCAUACUCAGAUUCCUCUUACAACUCACAGUCAGGGUCCUCUGCUUACUCACAAUCAGGGUCCUGUGCUCAUUCACACUCAGAUUCCUCAGCUUACUCAAACUCAGGGUCCUCUGCUCACUCAUACUCAGGAUCCUACUCUAACUCACAGUCAGGAUCCUCUGGGUACUCUUACUCAGAUUCCUCUGGUCACUCACACUUAAGCUCGACCUCUUAAGCUCCACUCACACUAAGACACAUCUACUCACUCAAAUUCCGACUUUGUUCAAUUGAUCAGUUACUCCUCAAGUCACUCAUAGUGUAGGCGCUCCCCCCACUCAAAAUCCAACACUCAGUCAAGUGAAGCAAGUACUGGCUUUCUCAGUUUUGUGUAUGUACACUAUCAUCGUUUUGUAGUGUCAGACUCUUACUGACUAAACCUGAACCGCCGUGCUACGUCAUCCGCGCUUUUGUGUCGGUGUAUGGCAAUGCGUUGCAAUCCGUCAUACACUCUGACUGGCACAUAAAUACUGUUUGUUUCCUUGGGUCAUUUUCCUCUGGGUCGAAGUUCGUACUCAUUUCUUUUGGGUUAUUUCCGUUUUCAAUUAGUUUUUAUGUUUCUUUCUUUAUGUCACUCAUAUAUUUAAAUUGUCGCUUUCCUCUUUACCUGUUAAUGUUACCUCCAAGUUUCUUGCUUGAAGAAGAUUCGGAUGAUAUUAUUAAAUUAUUUUAAAGCAUAUGAAUUAUUUCUUACGCAUAAUGAAACAUAAGUAAUGUAAAUAUAUGUUCAAAAUAAAAAUAUAUUCAUUUGACCAACUAAGUCUGUGUUAUUUUCAUGUAUGACUAACAGUUGCCCGCGGGCCCGAACCCCACAAAUCGAAUAGUGAUUCCACAAUAUUGUUUAACCCUCGGUAUCAGAGGGUUAAGCUGGGCGUUGGUUUAAUUAAAGCAACUGGUAGUGGUUACCAAAACACUUUAAUACGAAUAUUACAUAAAACGAUACCAAAUAAAAUAAAAAUCCUCGACUCUCUUAUAAUAUACACGGAAAAUUUUAACACCGCCAUUCAGAAAAGCGGUCUCAAAGCACAGUGACAUCUUGUGGAAAAUGGUGGAACAAACUGAACCUCACUUUUGAUAUUUUGUCACAUUUGCGGUUAAACAACAAUUCUUUAUCCAUUAUAACACUUUUUAGUUUGAUGUAUUCGAUCAUAUACCUAAUCAGUUUAGAUUAUUUAUUAAAUAAAUAAAUAAUAAAUA